AUGGCGGCAACAACACAAACCAUGACUAAUGGGGACCAUGCUCAUACCAACGGCGUCAAUGGCGUAGUUAACGGUGAUUUCCCCAAUGGCGACCUGCCGACCACAGCGCCGCCUGUCCCUGCCGAACUCGCCACUCCCGAGCCGGUGAUCGAAGCCUUUGGUCAAGAGCGACAUCAGUCUCAUCCGAUUCCACCGCCAAGAGCUCAUGAAGGCGAUGCGGGUGGCCCUCGCUCGCGUGCUCACGCCAAGAUCCGAUCAUACACGGAUGAUGCCCGUAUGAGCAGAUUUCCACGAAUCUCCAAGCCAGUCGAGCUGCUGAGGAGCAGUUAUGACUGUAUCGUGAUCGGAUCAGGGUACGGCGGUGGCGUUGCUGCCAGCCGUAUGGCCCGCACUGGCGAGAGCGUUUGCGUUCUUGAACGGGGCCACGAAAGGUGGCCAGGGGAAUACCCCAACGGUCCCAAAGAGGCUCUUGAUCAGUUGCACUACAGUGGCAACUUUGCUCCGGGCUUCUUAGAAGGGUCAAUGGUAGAAGGAGGCGACCCAACCGGAAUGUAUCAUCUGAUAUUCGGCAAGGGACAGAAUGCUGUUGUGUGCAAUGGCCUUGGAGGCACCAGUCUGAUGAACGCCAAUGUUUUCCUAGAGGCUGAUGAUGACACAUUGGCAAUGAAGAUGUGGCCGCAAGAGAUUAGAAAUAACCCCCACUGUCUGGAUAAGUAUUAUGAGAAAGCGAGAGAUGUGCUUGAUCCCCAAGAAUAUCCAGAAGAUUGGCCUGCGCUACCUAAACUAGAGCUCCUCAAGAAACAAGCUGAAUACCUUGGCAUGCCUGAAAAGUUUCGGAGAGUUGAGCAAACGACGCGGUUCCAUAACGGACCUAAUAGUUGUGGCGUAGAGAUGGCGCCAUCUGCACUGACUGGUCAAGACUGUACUGGCGUGAAUGAUGGCUCCAAGACGACUACGCUUGUAACCUAUUUGGCUGAUGCGUGGAAUUGGGGGGCGGAACUCUUCUGCGAGUGCGAAGUUAGAUAUAUCGAGAAGGUCAAGGAUUCACGAGGUGGAUACAUCAUCUACUUCGCCUGGCACGGACGAAACCGUGGUCACUUCAAGGCAAACCUGCAUGGAGACCUUAUGUGGGUACAUGCGAAGAAGGCCGUAUUCCUUGGGGCCGGUGCCAUUGGCACCACGGAAAUCCUCUUGCGAAGCAAGGCCAUGGGCUUGAACAUGAGUAAUCAAGUUGGCCAAGGUAUGAGCGGUAAUGGAGAUAUGCUGGCGUUUGGUUACAACACCGACCAUGAAGUAAAUGGCAUGGGACGAUCAUAUCCCUCGCCAUACAACCCGGUAGGGCCGACCAUCAACGGUAUCAUUGACAAUCGAAAGGGGCACGAGAACCCUCUCGAUGGUUAUGUCAUCGAGGAAGGUGCCGUACCGCAAGCUCUUUCACCCUUUUUACAGGCUAUGUUGGACCUUAUGCCAGGGAGCAAGUCAAGUGAAGACACCCUUGCCGACCGUGUGCACGCAUCACUUGCCCGCUGGGGCAGCCGUCUGCGUGGCCCUUACUACAGGAAUGGUGCCAUUGAGAGAACUCAGGUAUACCUGAUAAUGUCUCAUGAUAGCAAUCAGGCCAUGUUAACACUAAAGGAUGACAAGCCCGUGCUUGAAUUCCUCGGUGUUGGCCGAAGUGAUCAUGUCAAAUAUCUGAACGAUCUUCUCGCAAGAGCCACACGAGCUGUCGGUGGCACUUUGGUUCAAAAUCCAUUUUUUGCACUCAUGGGCCAACAACAAGUCACGGUCCACCCCAUUGGUGGAGCUUGUAUGUCCCGAGAUGGUACCGGCACAAGUGGUGUAACAAACCAUGUUGGAGAAGUCUUCACUGGCAACGGUGACGAGACUUACCCGGGACUGAUUGUCACUGAUGCUGCUGUAAUCCCCUGUGCACUUGGUGCCAACCCUUUCGCCACAAUCACGGCGCUUGCAGAGCGUGCUAUCGAAGAUUACUGCUAUAGGCAUGAUCUUGAGAUUAGUGAGCAGAAAAAUGGCAUUCUGGACUUGUUUGGUGAGCCAGCACACACUCCCAAACGUCACCACCAAACUCGGGAAGAGCGGGCUUAUGCUGCCGCCGAAGUCGACGCGGAGACUGAGAGCGUCUCGGCAGCCGAUGAGGUUAUCGAGAAGGCAGAGGUCAUCAAAGCUAGUGGUUUUGGCUUCACCGAAGUCAUGUCAGGCUUCAUACAUGCAGGUGAAGGCAUGGUCGAGGAUGAGCGAGCGACCUAUGAACUCGCCGCCAGAACCGCGAAGAGCCUCUGUGAAAGCGCGAGGUUCUUCCUCAGUGUUCAAGCCUUCAACACCAAGACCAUCAUCAAUGACCCACAACAUCGAGGCAUGCUGACCGGCACUUUCGUCUGCCCAACCAUCCCUGGCUCUCCGUUUAUGGUACAGCGAGGCGAGUUCAACCUGUUCAUCAUGGACCACAAGGCGCCAGGAACGCGUAACUUGACAUAUGACUUCGAUAUGAAAGGAGUCAAUGGCAAACUCCUUCACUUCCAUGGCUAUAAGGUUGUUGAUUCCUCCGUUGCUCUAGCUCCACUUCAGUUCUGGAGGUCGACCAGCACGCUUUAUGUGACAAUUACGGAACCUUUGGCACCUUGUGUAGGCUUGGAAGACGACGAGGAUUACUGGCGCCGUGGUAGAGUGGUUGCUAAGGGCAUGAUGCACAUUCAGCCCAGAGACUUCCUUUCAGAAGUUUUGACCAUGACACCAACUGGCAGCUCCCUCCUCAAGAAGGCUAUGAGCGCGGCCAAUUUCAUGACCUACUUCACUCGGAAAUCCAUGUCUCUCUUCCUGGCCCCUUUUACCCCUCUUCAAUACCCUGCGCCGACGUAUGCUGGCUUCGUCAACAACACGCUCCCCAACAAGUCUUAUAGUAUCUAUGCUCGCGAUGGUGUCUGCACCAAGAUGCACAUGUGGGAGCCGACCCAUGUGCCUGAGGGUGCAGAGGUCAAGGACCUCUUCAUGGUGCCGGGUGCCUCCGUAGACCACCAGAUCUACGCUCUGCCCACCAUUCCCUUCAAUGCCGUCAACUAUUUCACGCGUGCAGGGUACCGAGUGUACAUUACUGUGCAUCGUAUUGGACAGUUGAUGGUUGCCGAGAAUAAUUGGACGACUUAUGACGCUCGUCUAGAUAUCCGUGCCUGCCUGGAGUACAUCCGCGCGAAGCAUAAGCACCAGCAACCAGAUCGUGACCCGCCAAAGGUCUACACUAUUGCUCAUUGCAUGGGCUCCGUAGCUCUCUCUUGCGGUAUGCUCGACGGCACCAUCCCGGCCGACUGGAUCCUGGGCGUGACUUGUAGUCAGGUCUUCAUGAACCCAGUCUGGCAAACACUGAACCUGAUCAAGGCUAUGGCAGGCCCAUUGCCAGCAGACUGGUUGUACAGGAAGCUGGCUGGCACUUGGUACAGUUGCAGUACAUCUACGGAUGACUCAUUUGUACAGCGUUGCAUCAACCAACUGCUGCGCUUCUAUCCGGACGAGCGCAAGGAGAUCUGCAAUAACGCGGCCUGCCACCGGACCAGCUUCGUCUUCGGCCGGUGCUGGAACCAUCGCAACCUCAACGAGGCGACGCAUCGGCAGAUCGACCGCUUCUUUGGCGGCGUGAACAUGACGCUUCUGCAUCUGCUGAUGAAGCAGGGCGUCGAGGGCCAUGUAAUGCAGAACGGCCCCCUGUUCACGCCGCUAACCAGUAAGGAGAAUGUCCUGCGCCUCAAGGGUAUUCCAUUCCUGCUCUUUGUCGGUCGUGAUAACGCCGUGCUCAGCCCGGAGAGCACCGAGCGCACGUACGAGAUUCUCUGUGAUACAUUCGGCAGCCGGACUGGUGCCCAGGAGGGCAUCGAGUACCGCCGCCGAGUCGUUCCCGGGUAUGGCCAUCUAGACUGCUGGAUGGGCCGCAAUGCCUGGAAGGACGUGUAUCCGAUGGUUCGUGAAGAGGUCGAUCGUGUCGUCAGGGGCGAGACCUACCGCUUCAAGGAACCUGAUGACAAGUUUAAGCGCAUGCAAGAGAAUGGCGAGCUUUUGUAUUAG